AACACUGGCGUUUUGCGUCUGUCAGGUACGUUCAGCUACAUUUCAUUUAUUCAAUCAUAUAUUCUGUUGUAGAAAGACAUUUCACGUCCGUGUUCAUGCCAGAUCUGCAGCGCUUUAGUUUUCCAUACCAUAGCAUGAAUCCUUUGUUGGGGGCCAACACGCAUCUCCAACAGCACCCACAGCAAAGCCAAGCGCCCGGACACCCAGACUCUCCCUCAGGCCUCCUGCCCGACGCCGUUUUCGGUGGAUCGGACGCGGCAUCACUUCUACUGGCUGAUCUCUCCGUCGCAGGGCCUGAUCAACAACCGGGGCCUGACUUCACCACCGCACCCUUACAGACCUCUCCCUACAUCCACCACAACCCCAGCAGCCACUAUCAGCACCGCGCUGCGCAGCAUCCUCCCGCAGCCAUGGCUCUCAGAAACGACCUGGGAUCCAACAUCAGCGUCCUCAAAACCCUCAAUCUGAGAUUCAGAUGCUUCCUGGCUAAAGUGCACGAAUUAGAGCGCAGAAAUAAGAUUUUGGAGAAGCAGCUGCAACAGGCGCUGGAUGCCAACAAAGGUUGCCAAGGUGGAUGCUGUGAGAGCAGAGCGCAUACCCAGGAGGCGAGUGUGCAGACCGGAUUUGUCGGGGCGAUACCGCUCAGGCCCGGAUCCCUCCCCUUCCACAACACCAACAACUCAGCCAGGAGGCCUACAACACUAUUCCCUCCACCGCCACCUGCAGCCGCUGAAAACUCCAGCUCAACCCAAACAAACGCCCCUGGGAGCUCCACCAACCCUCCUCCUCGGUUCCUCCCGGGUACCAUCUGGUCAUACAACCACACCCGCAAGCUCGGCCCGGGUGCCGAGCGUCUGACUAGCCCUGGGGUGUCCUGGAUGCACCCGGACGGAGUUGGGGUUCAGAUUGACACCAUCACCCCUGAGAUCCGAGCCCUGUAUAAUGUCCUGGCUAAGGUCAAGAGAGAGAGAGACGAGUAUAAACGCAGAUGGGAAGAGGAGUACACAAUGAGGAUGGAUCUGCAACAGAAGAUUGCUGACUUACAAGAGGACCUGCAGGAGAGUGAAGGCUGUCAGGACGAGCUGGCUAUCAGAGUUCAGCAGCUGAAGGCAGAACUGGUUCUCUUCAAAGGCCUCAUGAGCAAUAACUUGUCGGAGCUGGACAGUAAGAUCCAGGAGAAAGCCAUGAAAGUGGAUAUGGACAUCUGCCGCAGGAUCGAUAUCACUGCUCGCCUCUGUGACGUUGCCCAGCAGAGGAACUGUGAAGAUGUGAUCCAGAUGUACCAGGUUCCUAACAACCAAUCAUCCUUUAACUGUCGCCGCAAACAAACUCAACUGUCCCUAAAUGGGAACGAGGGUGACGAGCCUGUCAGCACCUCAGAAAGUGAUGGAGGAAUAAUCAAAGACGAGGAGCACUGUGGCUCGUCAGCCAAUCAGAUAAACGAGGAGAUGCAGAGGAUGCUGAACCAACUGAGAGAAUGUGAGUUUGAGGAUGAUUGUGACAGUCUGGCCUGGGAGGAGACCGAAGAGACGCUGCUUCUUUGGGAGGACUUCCCAGGAUGCACUCUGCCACCUGACCCCACACAUCCACCAGGAGAGCAGGAGGACUGUCUGGAAAAAGUGAUUAACGACACAGAGUGUCUUUUCAAAUCCAGAGAGAAGGAAUAUCAAGAGACAAUUGACCAAAUUGAGCUAGAACUAGCUACAGCAAAGAGUGACAUGAACCGACACCUGCAUGAGUACAUGGAGAUGUGCUCCAUGAAGAGAGGCCUGGACGUUCAGAUGGAGACCUGCAGGAGACUCAUCACACAGAGUGGAGACAAUAACCCUGCGGCACCUUCAGCCUCCGACGACAGUGACCAGAGAGAGAGCGACAAGAGUUCAGCGUCUCCACCUUCCUCCUUGAGUGCUGGGAGAUCUUGACACCUCCUCACUCUGGCUGGGAGGGGGG